UUUCCAAGUUUACUUUUAAUUAAUGUGACAAUAUGACAGACAUAAUUAAUGAAAAUAUGGCCUCCGUGCCUGAACUUCACAUUGAUGGUUUUAUUGCUGCUGUACCUCACACUGUCGUGGCUGGCAUGUCGCCUGUAAUAAAAGUGGAAAGUAGAAAAGCUGAUUGCGUAAUGCCUGAAUAUCUUGUAUUCGGGCUGGAACUUCAGUUGGUGAAGCCAGGAGAAGAGCUCGAGGACCCAGACAAUGCCAGCCACACGACGUGUCAACUAUUGUCUUUGUUUGUAAAGGUCUAUCUUAAACUAGCUGUUUCAAGCGCAGACCUUUACAAGACAGGGGAGUGUUUGUGCCACCUGUGUAUGUGCUACUGUCAGUCUAUCCACCAGUGACAUAGCAGUUGCUACCGAAGAGGUGGACGGAGAGGACUGCUAUGCACAAAUUUAUUCCUCACUAAUAGUGAUGUUUUAUGAAAUCGUAUGACUUAAUUUUUGCACAAUUUUUAGGGUAGUUGAUUCAAUAAGUAAUUUAUAUGAGACAAGUAUUACUGCAUGCUUUGUACAUAUUUGUAUAAGGUGUUGGUUGUGUACCC